AUGCUGUUGGUACAGGCCCAAGCCCGGGCCCGCAAGUUAUAUAUGGAGGUCGAGUACCGCAAAGAAUCUCUCCGCGACACCACUCUCCCCGAAUACGCCCGGACCCAGUUUGACCCCGUGGCCAACUACCGCCUCGCCCACCACUCGACGCUUAAACUGCACCAGGAUAAGGUGGCGGGGAUCAGCUGGGGCCAGCUGACGAAGCUCUUGCUGUGUUCUACCGACGGGUUUAUGUUUUUAUGGGAUAGUGUCACCGGGUAUAAACACAGCGCCGUCAAGAUGGAGCUGAGCUGGAUGUUGACGUGUGCGUUAAGUCCGGGAGAAGAUAUCGCCGUCGCUGGCGGGUUAGAUAAUACGGCGCUGGUUUACCGAUUGAGAGAGGGCGAAGUCACCCAGUAUAGCGACACCCAGUUGCGGGGCCACCGCCAGUAUAUCAGUGGGUGUGGGUUUAUGGACCGGCUGACCCUCGUCACCCUGAGUGGCGACCGCAUGUGUGUGGUGUGGGACGUCAGCCGGGGGCUCGCCACCACCACCUUCGAUCACACCCACGACGUGCUCUGUGUCGACGUCCGCGACGCCCACACGUUUAUUCUGGGGUCGCUGGACGGCACCAUCAACGUCUGGGACGCGCGGGUGCCCCAGCCGGUCCAGCUGUUCAUCAGCCGCAAGCUGGGGGACGUCCUGUGCCUCAAACUGUACGGGAGCUCGCUGCUGUUUGUCUGUGGCACCGAGGACGGGGCGUUACGUAUAUACGAUAGCCGCAGCGACUGUAGCAUCGCCACGUUACCGUUUGACGCCUCCAGCUAUAAGAAUAUCGCUAAGAUGGACGCCACGGUGCUGGCGGGCUCGAUCAUGCUGGUGGACGUGCUGGUGGGGUACCGGAUGAUCUACGCCACCUAUAAAGGGAUCAACCAUGCCGUGGUGUGGGACACGAUGAGAGGAGAGAUCGUGGGACAAGUGGGCAAUAAUAAGUCGCAGGUAGCUCAGGUGAAAGUGGCACCCACGGGGAUGGCGUUGGCGACGUCGCUGUGGGACGGCUCCCUCCGCGUCUACCUGGUGUAA